GCCCCGCCCACUCCCCCAGCUGCAGCGGCAGCCAGGCUGCGGAAGGAAGGAAGGGUUAAACUGCAAGUUUGCGGCACUCGGAUCCUCCUUGCGCUUCAAUUUAGCGGAAAACAUCUGACUGGCAGCUCGCCGCUCGCCUGCUUCCCCACCCGAGCUCCCGAAACACGGUUGCCUCCCUGGACCAGCACUGCAGCCAGUGUAGCGUUGGAACUGCUCCGGGAGAUAAAGCAGUGAAGUAUGCGUGGAUGCUAAGAGGUGUCCUCCUGAACUCUUAGCAGCCUUCUCCCAGCCGAGCCACCGUCCGACGCGAUAUUCGCCAUGUCCACAGAGGUGGAGAUCAACGCGGUCGUCCCCGCCGAUCCCGGCGCCACGUCCCCCACUUCGGCAUCUGCCUCCAUCUCCCCUCCUGCCUCGCCUGCCAGCGCCGCAUCAAAGGUCCCAUUUCGCAGGGACAAGAAGAAAGUUCCAGACAAGACAGACGAGUACCUGCUGGCCAGGUUUCAAGGGGACGGUGUGAGGUACAAAGCCAAGCUGAUCGGCAUCGACGACGUUCCCGAGGCCCGAGGUGACAAGAUGUGCCAGGACUCCAUGAUGAAGCUGAAGGGAAUGGCGGUAGCUGCUCGCUCUCAGGGCAAACACAAGCAGAGAAUCUGGGUCAACAUUUCCAUGUCUGGGAUCAAGAUCAUUGAUGAGAAAUCAGGGGUGAUCGAACAUGAGCAUGCUGUCAACAAGAUCUCCUUCAUCGCCAGAGACGUGACUGACAACAGGGCCUUUGGUUACGUGUGCGGAGCAGAAGGCCAGCAUCAGUUCUUUGCCAUCAAGACUGCGCAACAGGCGGAGCCACUGGUCAUGGACCUAAAAGAUCUCUUCCAAGUCAUCUUCAACAUGAGGAAAAAAGAGGCAGAGGACUCCCUGAAGGGAGAAAACGGCAGCGCAGUAGUUGAGAAUGGAAGUAACGGCGGGCAAAGUGGAGGAAAAGGCAGCCAAGCGGUGGAGCAGCUGGACCUGUUUGGAGACAUGUCCACACCUCCAGACAUCCAAGCUGCAAACGACUCUAAUGAUUUUCUCUUGCUGGACUUUUCCACCCAAGUGGACAGCAAUCAGAAUUGCAUAAAGGGAAGCCUUUUAACAUCCUGUGCCCCUGAGCAAAGGGCGCCGCCCCACACAGAGAACCCCUCGCGCCCAACACCGGGCUACUUCCCCGCCCCACACAGCGACCCUUUCACAGAACAUGCCUCUUCCACCUUCUUUCAAGAGCCCGCUCAUUGGCACGCAUCCCUGGGCGCUCAGCCAGUGGGCACGGCUGGCGAGUCUUUGGAAGGAAAGACUGAAGACCAGCAGAUGCUGACCAGUAAGAACAUGAUCCUGGCUCUCAGUAACGGCCAGUGGCCACUAGGGGGCAAGAUAACAGACAGCGGCGCCAUCACCCUGAUGGACGGGAACGAGUCUGGACUGCUUCUCUCCACCAAAAACCCCUUUUUUGACUUGUCCACACCCUUUUCUAACGGAUUGCGCCACGAAGCCCCAGAAAUUCCUAGCAGGGACUAUGUGCUUCUAACCCCGCCUCCCCAGAGUUCUAAGGCCGGACGAAGUGGAAGGAGUCAAAAGCCCUCAGGGAAUGACUUGUUUGGAUCGGAACUCUUUGCCGCUCCGGGUCAGCAUGCCGACCUUUUCAACAACACAGAGGCCAAGUCCACCUGCGCUCCAUCCUCCAUCGCAGCUUUAGGAGAUCUUCAGUUAGGUCCACCAUCCAGCACCGGCCUCUGGGGAGCCUCCAGCGCUGCACCCUCCGUGUAUGGGGCCCCCAGGCCCGCCUACCCGCAGCCGUCCGCCUUCGGUGGUCUCCCCAUACCCCCCGCAGCCUGGGGCCAGCAGAUGCCCCCUCAGUUUGGUGCCCCGCAUCUAGCUCAGCCCCAUGCCUGGGGUCAGCCACCGCCGGCCGGCCCUCUCGUCUCACCAGGUUGGGGUCAGCCGGCCUCUACCAACCCUUUCCAACCCAGCCCGUUCUCCAUGGUGGGCGAACAGCAAGGCCCGUCCCGCCCGCCUCCUCGGCCACCCGUGAAGGAGCCCCCCAAAGUUGAGAACAACGCCUUCACCGCUUUGGACCCCCUUGGUGUCAAAGAGAAGAAGACUGGGAAGGACAUGUUCAAGGACUUCCAGCUCGCCAAACCACCUGCCAUCCCGGCACGGAAAGGCGAACAGGUGACCCCCAAAGAAUCGGGGGCUUUUGACCAGUACUUCUCCAAUAAAGUGGGCGUGGCUCAAGACGCUGCAGACCACGAUGACUUUGACAUCAAUCAAAUAUCAGCGACUGUCAAUGAUCUUCCUAAAACGGCAGUGGCUCCCAGCCUGAGCGCCCCCGGUCCUCUGGACGCCACCUUCGCCUCGGUUCCCACCACAAACAACUGGGCACAAGGACAAGGCAGCAACGCCAACAUGUUCGAUGAAGCAUUCGGAGCCCCUGAUUCCGAUCCGUUUGGGGUGCCGCCGGCCGCAAUGACUUCUCCUGUGGAUCAGAGCUCAGCUGCCUUUGGAGAUCCUUUUGGCAAUCCCUUCGCUUGACCUUCACACAUUUUCUGAAAUGAAUUCCUGGAGACAACACUGCCGCCAGACCAUGGAAAAGAUGGAUUCCGCCCAGACUUCUCUCACGUCGCCGCCUCCUGAUGUUAUUUCUUUUGUCUGAUUACUUAUUACCUAAGAGCAUUGAUCUAACACACGUUUUGUCAUCAUCUGCUGAAGAGUGAGAAAAGAAAACCAGAUGUGUCCUGAUGGUGCCUUUUGUUAAAGAAAUAAAAUAAUGAUACAGCUGCAA